AUGGAGAAAUCAAAUAUACUGAAAAAUGUAAUCACUUCAAGUACAACUGCUGAUACUGUCGGUGCUUCAACUGUUGAUGGCAUUAUUUCGAAAGAUACUACAAAUAAUGGCACAAUACGUUACUAUGAUCCCACCGAUGUUCGAGAAGAAGAAGACACAGAGACAAGAAAUAGUCCUUUAUCAGGAUCCACAGCAACAACAUUGGCCUCAAAGAAUACUACCUCAACAAGCGAAACAACUGAUACAACCGUGAAUUUGUCUUCAGAAUUUGGUAAGAAGAACGAUCAAAUAAAUAUUCAAUCUGGGAAGGAUACCGAGACAAAGGAUUAUUCAAGAAGAAGGCAUGACGGUGAGACAAUGUGUAGUAAUUGUACCACCAAGAAGACACCGCUUUGGAGAAGAGAUUUUGAUGGUAAUAUUCUUUGUAACGCUUGUGGUUUGUUUUUAAAAUUGCAUGGUACCUCUAGGCCAAUUAAAUUGAAGAGUGAUAUCAUUAAGACAAGAAAUAGAAAAGGUCAUACUUUGACAAAUUUCACAUUACAAAAUUCCUUGGAUUCAAAUUAUGUCACAAAUGUUACAAAUUCAAAUAAUUUUAGGGUUCAAAAACCUCAAAUGAGAAUAAAUCGAGAAAUUCCAGUAAUUACGACACCUGCAAUUAUAAAUUUCAAAAAAAUUAGAAGUAUGUCAGAUCCAAUAGCAAAAGAACCAAUGUAUAAAGGUGAAACAUAUUCCAGUAUCAUUGAUGCUACAAAAUUUAUGAAACCAUUGUUGAAACCAAAACCUUCAUUGAGGGGAAGUGUUAAUGUGUCCCCGAUAAGUGGAAUUUCUAUGCCGACGACAGGUCACAAUAGGAAAAUGAUGGUACUCAAUGAAGAAUUUGAAUUUGAAGAAAAUCCUUCGAUUAUUUCGUUGGGUCCAGGAGACAGUAGGAAAAUGAGCAUUGAUUCUAACGAUUCUGAUGUUGAAAGAUUGGAUCGUAAAUAUAAUUACCAUGACUCCGAAAUAAAUCAUUUACUUACAAGUCAUGAAGAAAUGAUAAAACUUAAAAUUAGAAUCAAAGAAUUAGAACUUAUUACAGAUCUAUAUAAAGGAUAUAUUAAACGACUUAAUGGAAAAUGUAAUACUUUGGAACAUAGAUUACAAUCCAGGGAUAACUUAGCAACAUAA